AUGGCGGCCGAGCCUCACGUGUGCCAGGAGCAGGGGGCGAUCGCGGAGCCGGCCGGGAAGAAGAAUGUGCAACUCGGGUCGAUGCCGCGCGUGAAGGUUUAUCGCUUGAGAGGUGAUGGCGGGUGGGACGACCGCGGCACUGGCCAUGUUACAAUCGAUUAUCUCGACGUAUCUUCACCAAAGAUUCUCGAUGCCUUACCCUCCUCGAACUCAAAGACAACGGCGGGCGGGACGAUACCGGUGCUGCCCAUGGAGCACAUUGGCUCGACAUCGCCAAAUGAGGUUGCUCUGGCUGUUAUAGAUGAGAAGGACAACGAAACGAUCCUUUUGCACCUCAUUACUAUGGAUGAAAUCUACAAGCAGGAAGAGACGUUCAUCAAGUGGAGCGAUCCCGAAGUGGGCAUCACACUCUGCUUGAGCUUCCAAGACGCCGCAGGGUGCUCCGACGUAUGGAAUGUGAUCUCCCAAGUGCGGAGGAAACAACAGCUUGAGUUCUGGGACACUUGGUUUGCCAGUUACACUGGGUAGGAUGACUCUUCGGUCUGCCAGUGACACUAAUGCUCCCCAAGGAUAAUUUAUUCUUCAAGCAAAGGAAAUUGCCCUAUGAUGUGGAAACAGAGAUGGACAUCCAGGCUCAGGACAUGAAGUCGGUC